AUGUAAAUCGAAUAAAAUCAACUUAUCAUCGAUUACAUCAAAUAAUUACAAUGUCCAAUUCACAACAUGCCCAUUAAAUUUAUGAGUUAUUCCCCAAAUGUCUAAAAUAACUAAAAACUUAUUUGUUCUGAAUGUGCUGAGACAUGCGGCUUAAAUAACUAUAAAGAAGUUGAAUGUUGUGUGAAAGAAAUCAAUAAAGACAAACUCCCUCAACCUAUCAGAAAUGCAUGUUAAAAACAUUUAGAAUUUUUUGAUGGAUUCAAAAAUCAAGUUGUCACUCUUAUUAAUCAACCCCCAUAUUUCCUAGAAAGUACACAAAAUAGAAAAGGACUUUCUGAAUUCAAGAGGGAACUUGAACAAUAUCAUCGAAAUAACAAAAAUUCAAACAAUGCCCAACAGUUAGUUGAAAAUGGAAAAAAAAUUAUUAAUAAUUCUAUUAGGUAACUUGAAACAUUAUCAAAUGAUCUGACAUCCCUUUUAACAAACUCGUAAUACGAAUAAUAAAAUCUUACAGAAAUAUGGAGAAAAAUAUAUUAAAAUUCAAUACUUUUGGAAGCAGAUUUCUCAGAUUAAGAAUUCUUCAUCUUAAUAGAUAGAUAAUAACUUGAAUUAUAUAAUAUUAAAAUAGAUGGUAUAAAACUUCAGCAAAAAUAUCAGCUAAAAGAAAAAGUCAAUUGUAUGAUCAAAGCUCAAUCUAAACCAUUAUUCUUUUUAGGUAAAUAAAAUGGAAUUGUGGAAGUAUUUGAGUAACUAACUAAUGGCAAUUACGUAUCCUCCCAUUAGAUUGAAGCACAUUUACCCGGUAAAUAUUAGUAUGGAGUCAGCUGUAUUAUUACCAAUUCAGACAGUUCAGAAAUCAUUACAGGAGGAUAUGAUGCUCUCGUCAAAUCAUGGAGAUUUAGAAAUCGCUAAUGGAAUCUUAUCUCUACUUUAAAUUAGCAUAGAUAAAUUAUCAAUUCUUUAUCUUAUAACUCAGAUUUUAGUAUCUUUGGAUCAGCCAGUUAGGAUUAAACUUUUUCAUUAUACACAUCAAACCCCUAAAAUCUCUAUGCCAAUAAGCUCACUUAAACCAAAUAAAAACGUGUUAAUACUAUUUGUUUUGUAAGUCCAACUAAUUUUUUUAUUUCUCUAAAUUAAGAUAAUAAAAUCUAUUUGUAUUCAAUUUAAAAAACAGAGGGUUAAAUAUUUCAAAUCUAAUAAUUAUACGAUUUACCCCUAAAUGAAAUGAAUACUGAACUCACUGUAGAGGUUUAACCAAGAUAUUAUCAAUAAUUAUAAUUAUUGAUCUUCCAAAAUAAUUAUCGAACCUAUUUCCUAUGUUAAGAUAAUCAAAAUAAAUUUUAAACCAUUCCUAUCAGCAGAUACAUUUCCAGAAGCUAAUAGUAAAAUAAUGCGACAUAACCAGAAAAUUCACUCUAAGGAAUUGUGUCUAGAAUAAUAGGAUAUGGAGAACUAUCCAUUUAGUUGUUCAAAGAAGGCCCUUCCUAUGUCAUACGUGCAUCUAAAUUUUAAUGA